UAUUUUCUUCAUGCUUUGGGAUUUAUGGAGGGAGAAUUGAUUGUGUGAAUUAAUAAUUUCGAUUAAUCUUUAAAAUUAAAGAAAAUAAUUAUUGACCGAUCUUUAAUUUAUAUUGACAAUCGUGUUUUAAAUUAUUAAAAUAUCAAAUAUUUUACUUUAAUGGAUGUAUUUGCUUUUAGUAACCGAAGAGUAGACCAUUAUCUAUAGUUCUGUUUAAAAACUUUUCCGAUCGUUUAUUAUUUUCAUUUUGAAUGGCUCUGUGAAAAGAUUAAUUUUAUCUUACAUUUUAUUUUUGAUGAGAGUUUCUAAUUGUGAAUUUUUAACAUGGCAUCGGUUUUUCGUAGAAGAAUUACAGAUCAUUUUGUGUCAACUUUCAAACAAUAUUUAAAAAAAGAAGAGAAAGUUAUUUUUUGGGACACUCUUCCAUUAUCUCUAAAAUUGAAUCAGCCAAAAUUCUCGUCACCACAGUUUGAAAUUUCAUGGAAAGAUGUUUUAAAAUUGAAACCAGAAUUACAAGAAAGAAUACAUCUCAAUACUGUUAUGACAUAUUUAAAAAAUAAGGAAUUUCCAACAUUUGAUGGAAUCACUGAUAUUUUCACUGAUCAUGUCAACAAAGAAAAAAUAGUGUUCACUGUUGAUCAAGAAUUAUUUUCCUCUAGCAUUAUUUUGGACAUAAUCAGAAAUAUUGGCAGAAUUCCUGCUAAUAGUACUUUUUUUAGAAAUAUACCACCUGAAAAUUUUAUUGUUGAAUAUAGCUCUCCCAAUGUAGCAAAACCUUUUCACUUUGGACAUUUUCGUUCAACUAUAAUUGGAAAUUACAUAGCAAAUCUUUGUAAAUAUGUUGGACAUAAAGUAACAAGAUUGAAUUAUGUUGGGGAUUGGGGCUUACAAUAUGGAAUACUUGCUGUUGGUUUUAAUAAAUUUGGUUGCAAAGAAAUGCUGCAGAAAGACCCUUUAAAUUAUUUAUUUGAGGUUUACAAGAAAGCUAAUGAGCAAAAUGAAAACAAUCCAACUUUUAAUGCAGAGGCUAAAAUGUAUUUUAAGAAGAUGGAAGAAGGGGAUCCAGAAGUUUUAGCUUUAUGGAAAAAAUUACGAGAUUUGAGCUUGAAAGAAAUGGAUAUUACAUAUAAGAGGCUGAACAUAUAUUUUGAUGAAAUACAUGGUGAAUCAAUGUAUGCUGACAAAGUUGAUGAAAUAUAUGAUGUUCUAAUUAAGCAAAAUUUAGUUAUAUGUAAUAAAGAUGGCAGCAUUGAAGCCUUUAUAAGUGGUGAAAAUGAUAAUACUGAAAAAGAAAAAGUAGUGUUGCGUAAAAAUGACGGAACUUCUCUUUAUCUAACCAGGGAUAUUGCUGCUGCUAUUGACAGAUGGAAAAAAUAUCAUUUUGAUAGCAUGUUUUAUGUGGUAGAUUCAACACAAAAAUCACAUUUUAAGCAUCUGACACAUUUCCUGAAGUCUAUGAACUGUCCUUGGGCAAAUGAUUUACAGUUUGUUCCAUUUGGGCGUAUUUUGAACUUCAGUACACGUAAGGGAACUGCUGUUUUUCUGCAUGAUAUAUUAGAUGAAGCCAAGGAAAGAACACUGGAAAAUAUGAAGAAUUCUCCAACUACUAAAAUAACUGAAAACCUCGAUGAAGUGGCUGAAAUUCUUGGUAUUUCAUCUUUGAUUAUCAAUGAUUUCAGCUUGAGAAGGAAGAGGGAUUAUCCUUUUGAUUGGGAAAAAGUUGUGAAUGUUAAAGGAAAUUCAGGUGUCAGCUUGCAGUAUUGCCAUGCUCGACUUAACAACAUAAAAGAAAAUUGUGGUGUUGAUUUAAGUCUAGAUUGUAUAUUAACAAGCUUAAUAGAACCAGAAGCAUUAGCCUUAAUUCAACAACUUGCAAGAUUUGAUGAAGUUAUCUAUAAUUCCUACAUAGAUCUUGAGCCCUGUGUUUUGGUGCAUUACCUGUUUACAUUAAGAAAUGACAUUGGAAGAGCAAUUAAAGUCUUACCAGUUAAAGGGUCCAGCUUGUAUGUUGCUAAAGCUCGGCUUUUGCUAUUCCAUGCUGCUCAUCUAGUCAUGCAGAAGGGAUUAGAGUUAUUAGGAAUAACUCCUUUGAACAAAAUGUAGGAAAUAAAUUGUAGCUAUUUUAUUUAUUAAUUUUGUAAGUUAUGUUUUUAUUAUAAUAAAAUUUUUUUCAUAA